AUGUUUCUCAAGUUUGUAGCAGUGGUGUUUGUGCUGGCAACAACAGUCGCUAGUGAAGAUACCGUCAAUUUCACCUAUAAUGGGUUCCAAUCGUCAUCUCAUUUGUAUCUUAAUGGCGCUGCUGGGUUCACCUCCAAUGGCGUGCUUAAACUCACCAACCACACCAAGCAACAAAAGGGUCAUGCUUUCUUCCCAAAUCCAAUAGUUUUCAAGAACACCUCCAAUGGAAGUGCAUCUUCUUUCUCCACCACUUUUGUGUUUGCCAUAAGUUCCGAGUAUCCGAAUUUGAGUGGUCAUGGAAUUGUUUUCGUGGUUUCUCCAACAAUAGGGCUUCCAAAUUCUUUGCCAAGCCAGUACCUUGGCCUGUUUGAUGACACCAAUAAUGGCAACACCAGCAACCAUGUUUUUGGGGUAGAGCUUGAUACUAUUCUGAACACUGAGUUUGGUGAUAUCAAUGACAACCAUGUUGGAAUUGAUGUCAACGAAUUGAAAUCCGUUACAUCAGUUGCUGCAGGAUAUUACGGUGAUGGGGGGUUUAAGAAUUUGAGUCUCAUCAGUGGCUACCCCAUGCAGUUAUGGGUGGAAUAUGAUGGCCUAAAGAAGCAGAUUGAUGUUACUUUAGCUCCAAUCGGCAUUGGCAAACCAGAACGCCCUUUGUUAUCUUGGGGCAAAGAUCUUUCUCCAGUUCUUAACAAUAUCAUGUAUGUUGGAUUCUCAUCCUCAACUGGGUCAAUUCAAAGUUCUCAUUAUGUUUUGGGCUGGAGCUUUAAGGUGAAUGGCCAGGCUCAACAACUUGCCAUCUCUGAACUUCCCAAGCUACCUAGAUCAGGCAGUAAAGAAGAGUCUAAGGUUCUUAUUGUUGCGUUGCCUCUCAUAGCAUUCAGUUUGGUUAUCAUGGUGUCUCUAGCAGUGGUUCAUGUCAUCAAAAGGAAGAAGUUCACGGAGUUGCUUGAAGAUUGGGAGCAAGACUAUGGUCCUCAUAGGUUCAAGUACAAAGAUCUUAGCCUGGCAACAAAGGGGUUCAGGGAAAAGGAGCUAUUGGGAAGUGGUGGAUUUGGUAGAGUCUACAAAGGUGUGAUGCCAAUUUCAAAAAUUGAGGUUGCAGUGAAGAAGGUGUCCCAUGAAUCAAGACAAGGGAUGAGAGAAUUUGUGGCAGAAAUCGUUAGCAUUGGUCGUCUUAGGCACAGGAAUUUGGUUCCCCUUCUUGGGUAUUGCAGGCGCAAAGGAGAGCUGCUAUUGGUCUAUGACUACAUGCCAAAUGGAAGCCUUGAUAAGUAUCUCUAUAACAAACCAAGAGUGACCCUGAAUUGGAGCCAGAGAUUUAGAAUCACCAAAGGGGUUGCUUCAGGUCUGUUUUAUCUACAUGAGGAAUGGGAGCAAGUUGUGGUCCACAGAGACAUUAAGGCUAGCAAUGUGCUACUUGAUGCUGAAUUGAAUGGUAGAUUGGGGGACUUUGGUCUUUCAAGGUUGUAUGAGCAUGGAACUGACCCUCACACUACUCAUGUGGUUGGAACUCUGGGGUAUCUAGCACCAGAGCACACUAGAACAGGUAAGGCCACUACAAACUCUGAUGUGUUUGCUUUUGGUGCAUUUAUGUUAGAGGUGGUUUGUGGAAGAAGGCCAAUAGAGCAAGUGGGGGGAUCUGGUAGUGAAAUUCUGGUUGAUUGGGUGUAUAAUUAUUGGAAAAGAGGUGAGAUUCUUGAGGCAAGGGAUCCAAACUUGGGAACAAAUUAUAGGCCAGAGGAGGUGGAGUUGGUGCUGAAACUAGCUUUGUUGUGCUCACAUUCCGAUCCUCUGGCUAGGCCAAGCAUGCGCCAAGUUGUUCAGUACUUGGAGAGGGAUGUGCCUCUGCCAGACUUGUCUUUGCUUAGCUUAUCUUCCACUGGCUUAACUUUUGGUCUGCAUGAAGACUUUCAGGAUUGUCCAAUGUCUUAUCCUUCAUCUAUGGAUAGGCCAAUCUCCCAUACUUCCUCAAUUGCUGAAUCACUUCUCUCUGGGGGGCGUUGA